AAUCAGUCCCUUUUACUUUUCUUCUUCUUUAGCCUAUCCUAUGUUGUCCUCCUUUUCUGGACACCACCUCAAGCAAAUCACUCUCUCUCUCUCUCUCUCCCCAUGACUCCUCUUUAUCUCAACCCUCCAUCCCCUCUUGUAGAUCAAAGCCAAGAUCAUCAUCAUCAUCACCACCUUAAACUCUUUCUCUCACCACAUGAUUACCAAGCUUCAUCUUCUCCCUUAUGUCCUCCUAAUUUCCUUGACACCUCCCAAGAUGAAAGAGGGAGCAUAUUUGAAAACUCUCUACAAAAGCCAGAUAAGCCCAUAUCGCAUGGAUCAUGUCAUGAUCAACAAGAAUCUUCGGUGCUUUCUUCAAUUCAGUCUGUGGAGGAAGAUGUGAAUUACAAUCCCCAUAAAUUCUCUUUGUGUCAAAGUGCGGAUGCAGAUCGAAGUAAAAGCAGCAAUGGGUCUGUACAGUGGAUGUCAUCAAAGAUGAGAUUGAUGCAAAAAAUUAUGAACCCAAAUUUCCCAGCUACAGCUACAGAUGAUCACCAGCCACUGAAAAUUAUGAAGAAGUUCCAAAAUAUCCAGCAGCAUGGCGAAAAUUGCAAAAUCAACUCAUCACCCCCCAGCAACAACAACAGUACUAGUACUAGGGUUUGUGCAGAUUGUAACACAACCACUACCCCUCUUUGGAGGAGUGGCCCUCGAGGUCCUAAGUCACUUUGCAAUGCCUGCGGUAUCCGGCAGCGGAAGGCGAGACGGGCCAUGGCAGAAGCUGCAGCGGCUGCAAAUGGUGUGGUAGUUGCAGCGGCCGACAUAUCAUCGACCAAGAGUAAGGCACUGCACAACAAGGAAAAGAAAUCUCGUACAAGCCAAGUUCCACAACACAAGAAUAAGUGCAAGCUCGCUGGAACCGGAGCCGGAGCCGGCGCGGUCGCCGACUCUUCUCACAACGAUAGGAAGCUUUGUUUCAAGGAUUUAGCUCUGAGUUUGAGAAACAAUUCAGCUUUUGGCCGAGUGUUCCCACAGGAUGAGGCAGAAGCAGCAAUCCUGCUAAUGGAAUUGUCUUGUGGCCUUGUUCACAGUUGAUUUUUUUUUCUUCAUUUAAUUAGUUUAUUUAAUUUUUUAGGUAGUUAAUUUGUAAUUGUUCUUUAAUAAUUAUGUGCGUCUGUGAGAGAGAAAUAUGUUUUGAGCAUAUGUUGUAAACCAAAAUGUGGGUUUGCUUCAUUAUUAAUUACCACUGUUCUUGAUAUUAAAAUAAUUAGGAGAGAAUGACAUAUAUAUCUACAUCUUUUCCCCCCUAAAUAUAUAUAGUUUCAUAAUUA